GGCCAGCCGCUGCCUAUUCGAUCAAUCGUUCUACCAUUAGACGAGGCACCGACCACGUCCACGAUGCCGUCCAGGUACCCGUACGGCGGAACAUGCACUACAUGCUCUGUAGUUGUCGGCAAUCUCAAGAGCCAUCUGGCUUCGACAAAUCAUAAAGUCAACGAAAUUUUACGUCGCGGUUGUGCGCUUCCAAACGAAAGCAACACAGCCGACUACGCGGCACGGAUGAUCAAAUCGAAUCGAUACAUCGACUCGAAGCUUGCUGGCGGCGGCUAUAAGCGUCUCGGCUUCUGGUCAGCGGCUGAUCCUCAGGAUGGGAACAAUGAUUCAGUUCCAUCGGAUGUCGUUCAGGAUCAACUGGAAGAUUUCUUCAUCAACAAAUGUCAGCUACCAAGUGCCCUAGUCUCUCGUCUGAUCAAGCGACGUAGCUCGACCGACCACCUUCAAGCCAUGGCGGUUGUCGUCUGUGCGGGGUUGACGGACAAACCCUUAGAAGCGUUCAACAGCUGGCUGAACAACUCCAGUCUCGGUCCGACUACUGCUACCAACCACUUCAGUCUCGGUCCGUCUACUGCUACUAGCCAGGUCGUGUCACUCUCGGCUCGAGAGCUAUCGAAGCAGGUGACGACAGCCUCCCUAGCCAGGAAGUUUGUUACAGUGAAGAAAAGGUUCCUACAAGCGCUGGGAUGGACUGAGGAACGGUUUGUGGACUGGAUCUGUACUGCGCGACUGGAUGUGCAGGAUCCGAGGUGUCAUCUCUUCUUCAUGAUGUACGGAAUCGAGACAGGCCUGGUCGCCAUAGACGGGACUCACAAGAGUGAUUGGAGCCGUAUUCGCUUUCGUCCACUCUCUUUCGCUACAGCGUUCGUGACUGGAGAUGAUGACUUAGGUUUAAAGAUUGUCGACGCUAUGGACCACGUCCGAAGCGUCUUCCCCUCGUCGACGACGAUGCAAGAGGUGGAGCGCAACAUGCUAUUUGAAGAUCGUUCCAGCUCGAGUCCCGCUUGGAAAGCGUUCUUCGCCUACGUGCGAGCUGCUGAAUCUUCUACCUCUUCAACUGCUAAACUUACCAACGAGAACCUACGUAACAGACUCUUCAGGUAUAUAUCCAGGAUGGCCGUGGUGGACGAUACCAGGUCAGGAACGCCAUGGACACGCAAGGAAAAGGGUCAACUCCGGAAUUUGCUAAAAGCUGAGAAAGUAGGGUUCAUGAAAGCUCAAACGUAUCUCUGGUGCUGUUCUGCCAGUGAUGUUAUCAAGACUCGUACUGGUCGAGCCAUUCAAGCGUAUUUGCAACAACACCGAGAUGAUUAUUUUUAGCGUGAUGCCUUUGUAUCCCUAUGCAUGAGAACAACCUCCGUCUAUGUCAAACGCCA